GUACAAAAUGUUCUUGACCUUGAUGAUUUUUUACAUCCAAUCUGAGUAGAAAUAAGUCUAGCAUUACAGAUAAAUUUCUAAAAAUAUUUAAAAUUCCUUAUCCAUAAAUGAACCAAAUAAUGCAUUUGAUAUUGUAUUUCAUUUUAUUUUGUCUAGAAUGCGCUAAUAAAUUUUAUCUUGUUAAAUUAAAAAAAAUAAAGAAAAAAGGAAAUAUCGAAUUAAUCAAAGGAUAUCGAUUUAAACCAUAUGUUACUCAACUCGAAUUUAAAGAAAGAAAAGAAUGUUUGUAAACAAUAUGGUUACCUUGUCCAAUUUCUUCUUAGUUGUUUUCAAGUAAUUGUUGAAUAUUUAAAAUGAGAUCAAAUUUAUCAUUCGAACUAUGAAAGGAAUUUCAAUACUGCAUUCCAGAAUUAGUUUAUAAAAAAUGAAUUGUUUUAAAAGACGUUAAAAAACAUAGUUUUCCGUUUAAAUUCGGUAACCAUUCAUCUAAAGUAUUAGGGAAAAAAUGCGAUUCGCUAUGUCUAGUCGUAUAUUAGAACUCAAGUAACAUUUAUAGUGUUAUUUCUGCUAUAGAAUGAAAGUUGAAUGUGGCGGAUUUCUAUUUACUUCAGAUUUUGAUUCGGGGAAUUUAGAUAAAGUGGAAUAUGUCGAGCCUCCUGAAUCGAAUAAACAAAAAAAUUACGGAUCUACUAGUGAUACAACCUUACCUCCCAUAUCAAAUUUUCGAAACAUUCGACGCCAGAAAAGCCAUCCUGAUUCUCCUGUUACAUCUCCAGUUCACAAUAAAAAAUAUCAGUUGAAAAGAAGAACUCUUUAUUCAAAACUUAAGAGUACUAUCUCUGCAGAAUCAGUAUGUGGUGGACUCAAUCAACCAGUUCGAGAAUUUAGAAUAUGGACAAAACCUGACUGCUCUGGAACCCCACAUGAAACCACAUUUAGAACAUGGUUUUAUUUUGGCAUCAGUGGUGGUCCACCAGGUAGUGUGAUUAAAAUCAAUGUGAUGAAUUUAAAUCGGCAAGGAAAAUUGUAUUUUCAUGGUAUGAAACCAGUUUUCAAAACAGUGCCCUCCAAAGAAGGAUGGAAACGAAUACCUGGAAAAGUUGAUUUUAGGUGUGCAACUGACGGUAACUUUAUUAUCACUUUCUGUCACACACUGCCUUUGGAACAAGAUUCUAUGACUUAUUUUGCUUUUACAUAUCCAUUUUCAUAUACUGAAUGUCAAAAUAUGCUUGAUGAUAUUGAUAAUAAAGUGGGAUCAUCUUUGUAUAUAUCAAAAAAUAAUAAGCCUCCUGAUAAUGCUGUAUAUUACUGCCGAGAACUUGUGUGUUAUUCUUUGGGAGGAAAUAAAAUUGAAUUGUUAACUGUAACUUCUUGCAAAGGCCUCACAAUGGAAAGAGAAAACAAAUUGCCAGAUUUAUUUCCAGAAGUUUCAAAACCUAGAUGCCAUACUUUUAAAAAUAAGAAGAUUGUGUUCAUUAGCAGUCGUGUUCAUCCUGGUGAGACUCCAUCAAGUUUUGUAUUCAAUGGAAUGCUGCACUAUCUAUUGGGGUCAAAAGAUAGCACUGCUAAUCGCUUGAGGAAUCUUUUUGUCUUCAAGCUCAUACCCAUGUUAAAUCCAGAUGGUGUAUUGAAUGGUCAUUAUCGAGCUGACAUCCAGGGCUUGAAUCUGAAUCGCAUCUAUAUGGUUGCUGAUUUCAAGCAUCAUCCUUCCAUAUAUGCUGCACGUACAUUACUUCUUCAUUACCACACAUUCUAUUCUGGCACAAUUGACAUGUCUCUUGCAAAUAAAAAUAAUCUGAAAAAGUCAAAACACAAUAGUCAAAUGAAAGGCAAUCUAUCUCAAAAUCAGAUUGGGAAGAGCUUGAACUCAAAGAAAUUAUCAAAAGAUAUGGCAAAUCAAAUACAAAAGAAAACAUAUUUGAGAAAACAUUCAUUACAUACAUGUGAAACCAUUACUAGAAAUCUCAAUUUUUUGUCAUCAGUUCCUGUGGUUUUGCCUCUGAUGAAAAAUACAAAUCCUACAUCUGAAUCUAAUAGCAUUCAAAGCCAAGAUGGUCUUCCUAGACCAUUUCAGUUUCCUUCAGAAACAGUUCAAAACCUACCCAUGGAAGGUGUGAAGGAUACAAAGAGCUCCCCUAAUUUGUGUCAUGAGUGCAAGUUAUCUGAUUUUCCAUCCAAAAAGAUCACCUUGGAAAGUGACCUUUCAUGCAACUGCAUUGAACCCAGUGAUGCAGAUGAUUCUUCUUCAUUUGAUUGUGAGGCACGACUUGGAGAGGGUGAUGCUUCCAAACUCUUGAAAGACGUUCCUUGCUUGAAACCUGAAGAGAGUGGAAUUGCCUACUACUUUGAUCUUCAUGGCCAUGCAUCCAAGAGAGGUUGUUUUAUUUAUGGGAACUAUUUUCCUGAUAUUGACAAAAUGGUGGAUUGUAUGUUCCUUCCAAAAUUAAUGUCCAUCAACUGUCCUUAUUUUGAUUUCUCUGCAUGUAAUUUUUCUGCUGAGAAUAUGUAUUCAGGGUCCAACUCCAAUAUUCAAAGCAAAGAGGGUAGUGGGCGGGUUUCUUUGUAUGUUCUUACUGGGAUUAUUCACAGUUAUACCCUUGAAUGCAACUACAAUACUUGCCGUUUCACUGCUAAUCAGAAAAGAUCCAAAAAAUCCCAAAAAAUUUUUGAUGUGCCUUCCCAAGUUUUCUUCACACCUGAAAUUUAUCAAGAGAUUGGUGAGUCCUUAUUAUUUUCUAUACUGGAUGCUGUGGGACAUAACCCAAAAUCUCAAAUCAACAAUUCGCAGUUUCUGUCCAUCCAAGGCGUGAAAGAGUGGUUGAGACAGCAUGCGAUGGCUCUGAGAGGGAGAUGUGCUCCGAAUUACGUCAAAAAAUGCACACCCUUGCCAGGUUCAAGGUCACAAGAUAAAAUAUCAACCAGAUCUAUGACAAUUAGACGAUCACUUUUCUCAUCAUCUAAUAGAGGUUUACAGCGGGAGUCCUCAUCCAGCACCAACAACCUUUCAUCGAAUGCCUCAGACUCGGAUUUCCGCGGCGGGAUUACUAAUAGGACCACUCAAACCCGGACAAUCCGCGGCACGAAGUCCCUGUUGUCGUCUCCCGUUUCCAUGAAGAAGGUGUCCACUCUGCAGAGGCGGCACAGCUUUGUGCAUGAAGCCGGGAACAAAUUUUUUCGUAAGCCUGGGGCGCCCACCAGCAAAGGUGGAACAGCCUGAUCUGGCCCCUCCUGGUUUAUGCCUUCUAUUGCAUUUAUGUACACACUUAUCAGAAAUGUUAGCUCUUUCAUAAGGAUGUCUGAAUUGCCGUUUUUCUUCUUUCUUUUCUUCUCUGUUUUUUUGCAUGGAAGUUUUUUAAUUUAUGAUCUUAUAAAAAUUUGUUAGAUGUAAAACUCACGUAUAAGAUGUGGACCCUAGAUUUGACAGGAUUUUGCAGCUUUUAUUUCUAGUACUAAAUAAAUUUUUUAUUCAAAUGAACGUGCAUUUUUAAAGAAAAGUUGUUAUAUUUUAAUUAUUUAAAAAUAUAAGAAAAAAUAAGUUUUAAGAAAUUAAACAAGGAAUCGAACACACUUCAGUAUUACAAUUUGUUUAUUUUUUUAGAAAGUUGACAAUACAAUAAUUUCAUUAGGAAACUUAAGGUAACUCUAAUUAAGUAUUAUCUAAUCCUUUAUUUUAAAAAAAAUGGCUUAAUUUUAGUUCAGGAAGAGAGUAUUGAUUGAAGACAGAAGCUAAAAGAAAAAUAAUUCCAGUAGUUGGGAGUAAUUAUUUAUAUUACAGUAAAAAUUUGAGCAACAAGUUAAUUUUUUCCCACCAUAUUUCUGCUCCAAUUUUAACAUAAUAACCAUACAGUUAAAUAUCUGUAUGUUAGUAACAAUUGGAAUUAAUAAAUAUUUCUGUUCUUUUUCAGUUAUAUUUAUUAUUUGUGAAUCGAACCAUAUUUUUGUAAUUAAUUAUUAUUAUUAUUUUUUUUUUACAUUUUUACUGUUUCAAGAAAGAACCAAGCUAAUUCUUUAUAAGUGAUCUGAGUUCUUGUGCUAUUUUUAAUAGUUGUUUUUUUGAUUAACAUUAUAUUUUAAGUUUUCUGUAUUUAAAACUAAUGAAUAUGGCUGAUUUGUCUAGAAAAACCUGAAUCAAAGAAGGUUAAAAUUCUGUUAAUUUCACCUGCAUUUUUUUUAUUGUUAUAAAAUUAUUUGAAUAAAUAUAUUUUUGCAUUUAAAGGGAGAGAAAUCAUUACCAAAAUAAUGAAGAUUUAAAAAAAAAGAAUAUUUUCGGAUUGAAAAUCAGGACAAUAACAUGUUUUUGUUUGCAAUGUUCCAAUAAUUUUAUUAAAUUUUCUUUUUCUAUAAUUUUUUUGAUGAAAAUGACUGUAACAAUAAUUUUGAUGCCUCAUUUUUUUAAAGAUUUUAUUUGGCGAAUAACUUAAUAAAGAGGUUUAAAAAUAGUUCUUUUCGUUUCUGAAAUAAGUGCUUCAAAUUCCGAGGGCCACAAAUUGCUGAUUGUUUUAGCUCUUUGAUGUCGGCUUUAUUAUUAUUGAUAUUUUUAUAAUCUUGUUUUGUUAUGAAAUGUUUAGUGUUAGUUUUGGAUUAAAGUGUUUGGAAUUUUGUUUUGAGUCACAAUUGAGCUAUUAUCCAAUUUUAAUGGAUUAAUUUAAAAUUAUUAAAAAAGAAUGUAUAUUUAUUUCAAUAAAAUUUUAUAUAUGUUUAAAAAUUAUGUAUUUAAAUAUAUUUGUUGCCACUUGGAAUGCAUGUAUAGUAGAAAUG